GGGAAAUAUCCGUUACAUCGAAUAACUACUGCUGACAUCGAUCAGGACCAAUGACAUAGGAUGAACACUGCUGGAGGGGUGUGUCUGUGUGUGCUGUCGUCCCUCUUUGCUGUGGCCUGGGCCGUAGCUGCCUUAGUUCCUCCAGCUCCUCUCUCUGCCCUGGCCGCUGCCUAUGGGUCCGCCAGUGGCGCCUCUCCCGGGGAGGUAGAGGGGGGCAGCCUCCCCUCCCCAUGCUCCAGCCUGGUAGCCGGGGUACUGUAUGGCUCUUUCUCUCUGAGAGAGCUGUUCCCGUCGCAGGUGCUGGGCUGUUCCUGGUCGUUGGAGAACCCCGAUCCCACCAAGUACUCCCUCUAUCUCCGAUUCACCCGCCAUCCCUCUAUCUGUCAAUCACACUACCCCAUGCUCCUCCCCCUCGACCAUCAUCUAGCCAAUCAGAGCUGUCCGCUGGAUCUAGAGACGCCACCUCAAGACCAGGAAGUGAUAGACCUUUGCGGCAGGCAAUUAGAAUCAGAGGGACCUUAUUCAUUUUUGCAGUUCGACAAGAACUUUGUGCAGCUGUGCCUAUCGAGACUACCGACAGCCGAUGAACCGCCGGUAACCAAGGAAACACUAGAACUCCGGCUGGUCGAGGUUUUGCUAAUCAACAACGAGAACUCCAGUCAGUUCACCUGUGGAGUACUCUGCCGAUGGUUCGAGCAGUGCCUACGCAAUGGUCGUCAUGGAGAAGCUGAUGUUGCCGACGGCGACGGUUGCAGAGUUACGCAGACUGGUUGUGUGUGUCCUAACAACAAUGUGGUCAUGGCUCAGCCAGUACCCCUUCUCCCGGCAACGCCCCAUAGCAACGGAUCGUUGUUACCUGAGAAUUGCUGCGUCACAGAGCUGCACCAUAACAACGCCAUCGCCAUAGCGCCCAGGGACGUCAAACACGACCCAGAUGAUGAUGACCAGAAGGUGAAGACACAGAAACCCAGAUCAGCAGACCAGCCAGGUGUGUUUCAGGCACAAACAGGUGACCCUGCGGCGGAGGAGUGGUCUCAGUGGAGUGUGUGUUCGUUAACAUGUGGUCAGGGUUGGCAGGUGAGGACCCGCUCGUGUGUGUCCUCUCCCUACGGAACCCUGUGUAGUGGCGCCCUGAGAGAGACACGUAUGUGUAACAAUACAGCCACCUGCCCCGGUGACCCAGCACUGAGCUCAGUGCAUGGGCUGUGGGAGGAGUGGUCGUCAUGGAGCCUGUGUUCUGUCACGUGUGGGCGGGGCUCCAGGACCCGAACCAGAAACUGUGAGAGCGGAGGAGGGGCCAAGCUCUGUGGAGGGCCUGAGAAACAGAACAAACUCUGCAACAUAGCAGUGUGUCCCGUGGAGGGCCAGUGGUUGGACUGGGCUCCAUGGUCUAGGUGCAGUGAAACCUGUUCCACAGGGAGCCAGCAGAGACAGAGGAGGUGCAGUGCAUCGGUGCAUGGCUGGGCAGAGUGUAAAGGACCACACCAGGAGACCCGGGAGUGUACCAACCCAUCUUGUGGUGGUGGGGGUAACUGGGGCAGCUGGAACCAUUGGAGUCUGUGCAGUAAGACGUGUGACUCAGGGUGGCAGCGUCGCUUCAGGAUGUGUGAGGGGACAGGGAUACAGGGUUACCCAUGUGACGGCUCCGGAGAGGAGGUCCGCUCCUGCAACGACAAGAAGUGCCCCGCACCUCAUGAGAUCUGUAGAGAUGAGUACCUUGUAACCAUGACCUGGAAAAGAGCCUCGGCUGGAGAAACAGUCUACAACAAGUGUCCGACUAACGCCACUGGAUCUGCUAGUCGUCGUUGCUUGCUGGACGCUAAUGGAGUUGCUUACUGGGGUCCUCCGAGCUUCGCCAGAUGCGUCUCGAUGGAAUUCAGAUAUUUACAUUUAUCUUUGCGAGAGCAUCUUGCGAAGGGUCAGAGGACCCUGGCUGGAGAGGGCAUGUCUCAGGUCGUGAGGAAUCUCCUGGAUCUCUUACAGAGGAGGAGCUACUACAGUGGCGACCUCCUGUUUUCCACGGAGAUUCUCCGAAAUGUGACGGACACCUUCAAGAGAGCAACCUACAUCCCAGCUCCCGACGACACACAGAAAUUCUUCCAGGUAGUCAGCUAUAUGUUGGACAUGGAAAACCUUGAGAAGUGGGAAGACGCUCAUCAGGUUUCUCCUGGUACGGCCCAUCUCAUGCGUAUCUUGGAGGACUUCAUCCAUCUGAUUGGAGAGGAUCAGAAACCCUUCCAGAGUUUCCUGGUGGUCACCAACAACCUCAUGAUUACAAUACAGCGAGAGCCCGUGACAGCGGUCUCCAGUGACAUCAACUUCCCCAUGAAGGGCAGGAGGGGAAUGAAGGACUGGGCUCGUUCCGCCGAAGACAAACUCUACAUCCCCAAAGAGGUCUUCACCCUAACCUCUGAAGAAACAGAAACGGAGACCUCGUAUUUUGUCAUCGGAGCCAUCCUUUAUCGGACCUUAGGAGUCAUCCUUCCUGCCCCCAAAGCCCCUGCUGUGAUCAACUCUAAGAUUCUGACGGUGACGGUCCGACCAGAACCCAAACUCAGUGAACCCAUGGUGGUUGUGGAGCUGUCCCCACUGCUUAAUGGCACAUCAGAUCCUCAGUGUGUUGUCUGGGACUAUGGGAACCUGGAAGCUGGUGCUGAGAACUGGGACACAGAGGGCUGCCAAACGCUCGCUUCUGCCGCUGUCCACACCAAAUGCCUUUGCAGCAGGAUCUCCACCUAUGCCAUACUAGCGCAGCAAGCUAAAGACCCGGACAUGGGUCCAUCCAGUAUGCCUUCUGUUCCCCUCCUGGUGGGCUGUGGGGUCUCCUGCAGCGCUCUGCUCAUCCUGCUGCUCAUCUAUGCUGCUUUCUGGAGGUAUAUUCGUUCGGAAAGGUCUAUCAUCUUGGUUAAUUUCUGUCUCUCCAUCCUGGCAUCCAACAUGUUGAUACUGGUUGGACAGUCCCAGACACUCGGCAAGGGUCUGUGUACCGUGACUGCUGCGUUCCUUCAUUUCUUCUUCUUGGCAUCUUUCUGCUGGGUACUGACAGAGGCGUGGCAGUCUUACCUGGCUGUGAUUGGCAAGAUGAGGACACGCCUCAUACGUAAACGCUUCCUGUGCCUGGGCUGGGGUCUCCCAGCCCUGGUGGUUGCUGUGUCAGUAGGUUUCACUCGAGCCAGAGGUUACGGUACACCCAGCUAUUGCUGGCUGUCCUUGGAAGGCGGGCUUCUCUACGCAUUUGUUGGACCUGCAGCUGUCAUCGUAUUGAUGAACAUGCUGAUCGGUAUUGUGGUCUUCAACAAGCUCAUGUCUCGAGAUGGCAUCUCUGACAAGUCUAAAAAGCAGAGAGCUGGUCCACCAGUUGAGGCAUCGCGUAGCAGACUGCUCCUGAAAUGCUCCAAGUGUGGUGUGAUCUCAAGUACAGCUCUGUCCAGCUCUACUGCCAGCAAUGCCAUGGCGUCCCUGUGGAGUUCCUGUGUAGUUCUCCCUCUGCUGGCUCUGACCUGGAUGUCUGCUGUGUUGGCCAUCACCGACCGCCGCUCCACACUGUUCCAGGUUCUGUUUGCUGUCUUUGACUCUGUUCAGGGUUUCGUCAUCAUUACUGUCCACUGUGCCAUGCGCCGCGAGGUUCAGGACGCAGUGCGCUGUCGGAUGGGGGGAUGUAAAGACGACAGUGAGAACUCACCGGACUCAUGCAAGAACGGACAGGUGCAGAUCAUGAAGUGUCAGAACGUGUCCUACGGCGGGCAACAGUGUGGCUCUCUGCGCUACAGCACUAGCACUGCUGUCACUGGAGCUUCUCUCUGCCCAUCAUCGUCAUGCCACCAACAGUCACCAUACCCGCCAUUAUGCCACCCUCACCAGGGCUUCCAACGCAGCUGCCAACAAGGCUGUUACCACAGCCUGCCUCACUACCACCACAACUAUCACAUGAACCAUGAACACAUGAACUACGCACUCAACCACACCCUCAACCACGCCUAUAACCACGCCCAUAACCAUGGACAAAACCACAAGUACCUCAACAGCAAAUCAUCGGACUUUGAAAAAGAUGUGGACCUGGCAUGUCAAACAGAGAGAGGACACCCAUUCAUCUUCAAGGAAGUUAACACCUGUAACCCAGCAACCAUCACCGGGACCCUCUCCCGUAUCUCCCUUGAUGAAGAGGAUGACCCCAAGCUGGCGGCCCACCAGGAGGGAGGCCUAGGGGUCAACUUCAGCUCCCUCCCUGGAAACAUCCCCCCUCCCAACCUACUCGUCCAGGUGCCCCCGCUGGGUGUUCUGAACGAGCUGAGUGACACCACUGUGAAAAAGGAGGUGAACGUGGAGCAGCAGAUGCACCAGGGGAACCCCAGGAACACGGCGCCUGUCUACCUGUGCACUGAGAGCGGGAUGGGCUGGUCUCGACCGCCCCCUCCUCCCAACACUCUGGAUGGACCUUGUGGGGGAGGGGAGGGGGACUAUAUGGUGUUACCCCGUAGGACGGUCAGUUUAAAACCCCCUCUGCCCCCCGGUCUGGGUCUGGGGCUGGGGGGCGAGGACAAGCCGCUAAACAUCGCAGUGGAUGACCCGCCCUUCCCCCCGCCCCCAUCGCCCAUGACCCUCCACCCGGCAGAGAGCGAGGCCUACCCAGCUGACUUCAUCUCCCCCGGCGACCACAACAUGAACAUCGGCAUGAACAUGAACCGCUCUUACGGGACGCUCAAGCAGCUCCCCGUGCACGGGAGUCAAGGUCCCCAGGGCCACAUGCACGCUCCGGGCGUCCACGUGCAUGGGGGCAACAUGCAUGACUACGGGCACUCGCUGAAGCCUGGCCAGAGGCCAUCGGUGAGGCAGAUUCUAACAGGAGGGGGAGGCGCGGUGGAGCGCAACCGGACCCUGCCACGCAACCUGGGCAGCACCAACACUAACACCAGCCUCUCCGCUGGCUCCCUGGAGAGGAAAAGAGUACGGUACUCUGAGCUGGACUUUGAGAAAGUGAUGCACACUCGCAAAAGACACUCUGAGCUGUACCCUGAGCUCAACCACUCCACCACCAAGUUCCACACCAUAGACAGGUAUAACAGGGACCCCACCAUGUCCACUUUCAAGAGGGAAAGGCAAUGGAGCGUUUCGUCUGCUGGAGGUGAAAAUAACUCUUUGAGUGACAAGUCGACCCCGACCCAAGAUGACCAGCACUCCUGGGACAGCUUCAAGACCAUGACCCCUGAGCUAUCCAUCGUGCCCGGGGAGCACAAGGACAGGAUGGAGCUGCACAACAAGACCACCUGGGACGCCUCGUCUGCCAACACACCUGACACUUCUGAGGGGGACUUCCAGACCGAAGUGUGA